AACCUGACACACAUAAGCAAUUAUAGCCAUGUUUACCUCUACUAGUUGACUGCCAAGGUUGAACUCAUUCAUGUGUGAAAAAUGCUGUCGAGGCGUCUGUACAUCUUCUUUGUCGAAUUGCAUUGCAUCGAACACACUCUGCGAUCAUCACAGAUUGUGACGGAUUACGGAAACUAACGAACUAGCACUUGUUUGGCAGCUCACUGCUGCCUGUCUCAUCAGCUAUGGCUCGUCAGAAGGACACUGGCUGGGCCUGGGUGUGCGUGCUGGGCUCGUUCUACAUCCACUUCAUUGUGUUUGGACUCAUGCAGUCAUUCGGCGUCAUAUACGUGGAGCUCCUGGAUCAGUUUAAAAGUUCUCGUGGUGAGACAGCCUGGAUUGGAUCUCUUCUCAGCGGACUGCUGUUGUUGCUUGGGCCCCUAGAUGUGAUCGUCCUAGGCCUGUUGGGAACUCGAGUGACAGCCGUACUGGGGGCUGUGUUGGCGUGUGUAGGCUGCAGUAUCAGCUUCCUGGCUAACAGUCUGCUCUUCCUGUAUCUCAGCUAUGGCGUCCUCCAAGGUUUAGGCUUCAGCCUACUGUUUGUGUCCGCCACCGUCAUCGUGAACCAGUACUUUGAUAAACGUCGGUCUUUGGCCAACGCCCUUGGGUCUCUCGGAGGAGGUGUGGGAACCCUGGUUCUCCCUCCUCUCCUACAGCUCAUGAUGUCAGUGUACACCUGGCGAGGGGCGUUUUUGAUUACAGGUGGGCUUGUCCUCAACUGUGCAGUGUUUGGGGCCCUUUUCAGGCCGUUUUACACCAGACAGGAACUCAGAGAUAUGAAAACCGAAUCCAGAACAUCAGAUGGAGACAAGCAAGAAACAAGAAAAUCUUGCUCUGCUGCCGCUUUCUGCAUCAAAGUGAAGUCCAUCCUGUCAACAUUCACCAACAUCAGAUACACCAUUUUUGUUGUUGGUUCCGUUGUCGGGGCUCUGGCUUACUUCAUCCCUUUCAAUCACCUCCCUGACCUGGCGAACGGCCUGAAUAUCCCGGAGAAGAAGUCGACUUGGCUCAUAUCCACCAUUGGUAUAUCCAGCAUGGUGGGGCGCCUGCUGUUUGCUCGGAUAUCCGACAUCCCGUGUGUCGUUGUUGUUGUCGUUUCAAACGUUGAUGGCUUACUCUGUGUUUUUUGGGACAUUCUUAGGUUCUCUUGCGUGUGGAUGUACCUCCAAGCUGUGGCAGUGGCUGACACUAUAGGAGUAAACAAACUCAGUGAAGGGUUUGGCUACCUCAUCUGUUUCCAAGGCAUCGUGGUCUUCCUUGGAUCGCCUAUGGCUGGUUGGUUAUACGACUUGACCGGCAACUAUGGCAUGACCUUCUACGUCGCGGGAGGUCUUUUCAUCCUAGGGGGCGCCAUAAUUCUACUUUAUGACGUCACACGUACCUGCUUCCGGUCGGAACACAGUGACUCGUAUAGUCCUAACACGGUGGGAGAGAAUGUCUAUGACAAUCCUGCUGUUGUGUCAGAGGAGGGGCUCUGAUGACGUCAGCUGUGACGUCACACGCACCUGGUUCCGGUGAGAACACUUGUAGUCAAAAUAUGGAGGAGUGUGUCCGUGGAUACACUGCUGCCGCGUUGCACAAAAAAUCCUGACGACGUCAUUUUCGAGGUCCUGUUCAUUGUCUUUCUGCCGUGUAAUGUUUUGUAUUAAAUCAGUUUUAGUUA